AUGUUGUUCCUCAAGACUUGGACGGCUCUUGCCCUCGUCACCGGCGCCACUGCGGCGCCGGCCAAGGAGACUUACGAUUAUAUCGUUGUCGGCGGCGGUACUGCCGGCUCGGCUCUGGCCACGCGCCUGAGUCUCGGCCUUCCUCGCGCCUCCAUCCUGCUCAUCGAAGCCGGCCCCUCCGCCCUCGACGAGCUGAGGAUCAACGUCCCCGGCCUCCGUGGCUCCAUCCUCGGGACCAACUAUGACUGGAACUUCACCACGGUCGAGCAGGCCAACGCUGCUGGUCGCAAGAUCGGCGUCAACCGCGGCAGGGUCCUCGGCGGUUCCUCGGCGAUGAACUACCUGUGCUACGACCGCGCUGCUGCGGGCGAGUACGACGCCUGGGCCCAGCUCGGAAACCCCAACUGGGACUGGAACACCAUGAUCGCGGCCAUGACCAAGUCGGAGAACUUCACCGGUAACGACCAGGACGUCCACGGCUACACCGGCCCGAUCAAGAACACGUACAACCGUGUCAUCUUCCCCGUCCUCAACACUUGGCAGCCCACCGUCAGCAAGCUCGGCGUCAACGUCAAUGACGGCAGCAACAUGGGCGGUAAGCCCAUCGGCGUCAUGUUCCAGCCCACCAACAUCGACGUCACCCACCACACCCGCUCCUACUCGGCCAACAGCUACCUGCCCCUCGCCGGCAAGAACCUUGUCGUCAAGACCAACACCCAGGUCGCCAACGUCGUCUUCCAGAAGUGCGGCCCGGCCUACGAGGCCACCGGCGUCAAGCUGUCCGACGGCACCAUAAUCAAUGCCCGGAAGGAAGUCGUCCUGUCUGCCGGCUCCGUCCAGAGCCCCGGCCUGCUUGAGAACUCUGGCAUCGGUCAGGGCCCCGUCCUCCAGGCUGCGCGAGUCAAGCAGAUUAUCGACCUUCCCGGCGUCGGGGAGAACUACCAGGACCACAUCCGCGUCUCCAACACCUACCGCCUGAAGGAGGGCGUCGAGUCCUAUGACAACCUCAUCUACGACAACAAGGGCGCCAACGCCACCGGCGAGCUCCAGAAGUGGCUCAACGGCGAGCGCUCGCUGUACGAGUACACCAGCGCGGCCUACGGCUUCAUGAACUGGGACCAGAUCGGCGCCGACUCCAAGGCCCAGGUCAUGGCCGCCGCCACCGCCGACAUCGGCUCCAGCCCCAACGUCAUCGACAAGCUCAAGCUCCAGUUCCUCAACGACAACUCCAUCCCGGACAUUGAGCUCAUCAUGGAGGCCAACUACGUCGGCGCCGCCGGGUACCCAGGCGGCCGCUUCGUCACCCUCUUCUCGACUGUCAUGCACGCCCUGAGCCGCGGCAGCGUUCACAUCGACCCGGCCAACCCGCAGGGCAAGCCCGUCAUCGACCCCAAGUUCCUGAGCCACGAGCACGAUCUGCGCGCCAUCGUCGAGGCCUCCAAGUUCUCGCGCCGCAUCGCCCAGACCGAGCCCAUGGCCUCCAUGUUCGAGGUCGAGACCGAGCCCGGCCUGGCCAUCCAGGACGACGACGCCUGGCGCCAGUGGGCGACCAAGUCGGUCGACAGCUUCUACCACCCCGUCGGCACCUGCGCCAUGCUCCCGCGCAAGGACGGCGGCGUCGUCGACGCCAACCUCAAGGUCUACGGCACCACCAACCUGCGCGUCGUCGACAACAGCAUCAUCCCCGCCAUCCUGUCUGCUCACAUCCAGACCGCGGCGUACGGCAUUGCCGAGGUUGCCGCCGCGAGGAUCAUUGCUGACGCGCGACCCUGA